AAGAAUAAUUUUAUUGUGUUGUUUUUCCAUAAUUAAAAGAUGUUUCGCAAUAGCUUCGUAUAUGUUUCGCAAUAGCUUCGUAUAUGUUUCGCAAUAGCUUUGUAUAACCUAAAAGACGAUCGCAAUAGCUUUGAAUAACCAGCAAUGUCAUAAAAGGAUGUUUGGAUAACCAGCAAUGUCAUAAAAAGAUGUUUUUGUGUUAUAUGAUGUCGUGCAACGCCAUCUGUUGGUAACAAAGAAUAGUGUGGCGUCAGGCGGGAUGAAUUGGCCACUCACCCCUCCUUCCGCACACGCUUAGAGUAUAAAAGGAGGACUUUGGAUACUCUCGGUAGAGUCUGCUGCGGGUUGCGUACGGAUGCCCAGCCGGUAUUGAAGCUGCUCUACCUGGAGUGUUGGCUCUCCCUCCUAUUGGCGCACGGAAAUCAACUGUAAGUACUCAGCCUCAGGAAAGCACCAUGACAGAAGAUAUUGGCACCAACGGCGAUCCAUCUACCGGAACAGUUUCUACUGCGAGUACCGAAACAGUUUCUACAGCGAGUCAGACGGAUUCAAGAUGGGUUGAACCACUGGAUCUGAUGUCGGUAGUCGCUGAAAAAGAAAUCCUACUGAGAGAUUAUGCCAAAUGCACACUUGAACACCUGGAGACCAAACGACAGCUGAACAUGCUGGAAGAAAAGUUGAGACGGAACGACAAUGUGACAUCUUCAUCUUUCAAUGUUGAUGUGCUUAUGGGGGAUAAGAGUCAUAUGAAUUAUUACACAGGCUUUUCCAAGGACACAUUUAAUGCAAUUUUCAAGUUUUUGGUGCCUGACACUGAUUCAUGCCCUUUAAAAUAUGUUGGCAAAGGCAAUCUUUCUCAGAUAAAGAAGAUAUCAUUGAAAGAUCAAUUACUAUUGACUCUAUGCAAACUAAGAAAUGACUCUGACCUACAAGACCGAGCUUUUCGAUUUAGUCUUACACAGCAAGUUGUUGGCGUUGUGUUCAACUCGUGGGUGAAUUACAUGUAUCUCCGAUUUGGUGAAGUAUGCAUCUGGCCACCCAGAGAUGUUAUAUAUGAACACAUGCCAGGUAAUUACAGACAGGAAUUCCCAGAUACUUUCAGCAUUAUUGAUUGUACUGAAAUUAGAAUUCAAAAGCCUUCAUCACUCAAUGCCCAGUCUCAAACCUACAGUACUUACAAAUCAUGUAACACACUCAAAGCCUUAGUUGCUGUAGAUCCCAGAGGGUCUGUUAUAUUUAGCUCUAUGCUGUUUGCUGGAUCAAUUUCUGAUAAGGAAAUCUUUAAAAAAUCUGGAUUUCAGUCGAUGUUGAAACAACUUGUUGAGAUUGGAUAUCUAAAAAUGGGUGAUGGGAUAAUGACUGACAAAGGUUUUGACAUUGUGAAAGAAGUAGAGGAUGUAGGACUUAAACUGAACAUUCCACCUUUUGCCAAAUCAGGGAUACAAAUGAAUUCACAUGAUGUGAACCUUGCACAAAAAAUUGCCAAACACAGAGUUCAUGGAGAAAGAGCGAUCAGACGAAUUAAAAGUUUCAAGAUACUGAGUGGCCGCAUUCCUUUGUCACUGAUGUCUUCAAUUGCACAGAUUUGGUAUGUCUGUUGUUUUCUUACCAAUUUCAUGCCAUUGUGUAUAAAAAGAAAGUGAAACUUACAGAUGUUGCAAGACCACUGGCCACAGGCACUGUACCCAGAUGAGUGUUCAAUUUCAGUCUUGGGCUGGACACCACAUAGGCCAUUGAACAGUGUGAUAGGUAACACGAAAAUUGGAAACUAUCAAUGACGAAUUCGUCUUUGGGUUAUAUAAAGAUCAAUUCACGUACGGUUAAUUGUUUUCCACAAAUGUAUAAUAAUAACAUGCAAAAUAUAACAAAUGCACUCACCCCGCUUGACAUGUACAGUGAGCUUCGGAUAUCCUUGUGGGAUUCAACUUCAGAUGCAAUGUAUGUGGCUGCUCGGUCUUCCUUUGACUCCGGAAAGACCUCGCGCUAAUUUCGAUGGUUUCUCCGUCGAUAUGCAUGUAAAUACCAUUGAAAUACCGCUCGCUGAAAUACUUGAAGCCCUGCUGUAUGCUUUUCAACGAUAUUUCACUGUUAGCUAAGAAUGCGAGUGAGAAAUCAGCCGGUAAAUCGGACAGUUUCGCUCUAGUUUCUUGCUGCGCCACUCUUUUUGGUAAUUGUUUGUCAAUCAAUUAGAAAAAAUGGCGGCGUUUGUGCAGUCAGAUCCUCGCAAAAUAUCGCUCAACACAGAUCAAGUGUGUCAAUCAUUCACACUUAGCUAUGUUAUGCAAGCGAAGAACUGCUAAUUCAUUUAUGUGAGAUAUGUAUUGAAAAUCAAAUAUAGGACUUACCUUCGUGCAAACAUAUCUGUUCCGGUUGAUGGAUUCAGUUGAUCAUGCAGUCUUCCACAAAGUUUGAUCCAUCGAAGACAUUUUUCAUACUCGGUCUUCUGUUCCGGUUGAUUUUAGAUGGAUUCAAUUGAUGAUGCGGUCUUCCACAAAGUUUGAUCCAUCGAAGACAUUUUUCGAACUGGGUCUUCGGUUUUGGAAAGGGUACGAAUUGAACUCCACCAACUAGCCUUUCAGGAUACCUGUCGUCAAUAUUAUAAAGUCCGUGACUACACUUCUUAACCAUAUCUAUUGUUAAAGAACCCAAAUACACGAUAAAACGCUAACAAAAGCUAUACUGGACCAUGUAAUGUUGUCUGUUGGAACUGCGGGUCCAAAAACGGGGUGUCGUUUAUGCAGAUAUCUGGCCUCUGAUUGGUCAGCGACGCGGAUGACGCAAUUUCUACGGAGGGGUCAAUUGUGACCUCAACCUAAUGUCUGUGAACAUACAAUACUUACAAAGACGAAUGUUUUCCAAGGUUCAAACGUUUAGAACAUAUUCAACGUAGUUAUGAGUUGCCUUCAGACUUAAAGCCCGGUUGUCAUCCCUAUAAACAUUCUAAAAUAGAUAUUGUAAUGAAAAAUACAUAUAACAGUAUUCACUUCAAUGCCGACACGAAAAAAAAAAGUGAGCGGAGAGCGCGUCAUCCAUGCACAAAGUUGCACAAUUGAGUGUCCCUCGCCAUCUAAGUGUUCACCAUAUUAGUGGCAUCCUCUGUCCUUGACGUCAUCGUCACUUCCGCCGUUGAAAACGCUCAGUGCUUCAGCCAAUGAAGCCGAACAACAGAGAUGUGUGGCUUAUGACAGAGCCGAGCGGUGCUGCUUUAGUCACAGUCGAGCCAGGGCGCUUUAUGCGCGCACGCGACUGAGUAACGCAUUCUCGGCUGGGUUCUUCAGAGCCGCCCCCAUCGCAAAGCCUGACGCGCAGCCUUCGGAGAAGCUGUGACCGCCGAACGUGGCGCCUCAGCCGCUGUAGCUGAGUUUCGGUGCCAGUGGAGGAAUAUAAGGAGGAUGUGGCUAGCUAUGUUGCUUUUUGGGGUAUGUUCAAAGUUGCCGCAGUACUCGAUGAACACUAUCGAGACAUUGUUGGCUGGGCGACGCGCACAUCGGCACAUUUCAUACGCGGAUCUUUUGUUAAGUUAUGAGAAAAAACGAUUACGUGGUCUGCCCCAAACUAUUUCUUUUUUUAGUAGCUGUAUGCACACAUCAACACAUUUCAUACACGGAUCUUUUACUACGUUAUGAGAGAGACCAAUUACAUGGUCCGCCCCAAACUAUUUUUUGGGGGGGAGCUGUAUACAC